CCCAGAAAAAAGUUCCCUCUACCUCUCUCAACGACGAUAUCCCACCCUCAAAGCAAUCACCGCUAAUCAACAUGGAGUCCACGAAGCAUACCAAGAAGAGAAAGUUCAAGGAUAGCGAUGGCGCCAAAGCCACUGUCUCCAAACCAAUCACAGCAGUCGCCUCGCCCGCCCCUAAGAAGAAAUUGAAAAAAGCCGAGCCCGAACCCAAGAGCGAAUCUGAAGUCUCAUCAUCCGAAGACGAGAAAGACGAAGAUCAAGAUCAAGAUGACGACGAAAAUGACGAGGAUAUCAACGGCGACGCUGACGGCAGUGAAGUUGAUGGCGCUGCCGGCGAUGCUGUCGACAAUAAUCUAAGUUCUCUUGUUGCGCCAACCGAGGGCGCUGAGAAAUUUACAGAGUUGAACCUCUCCGAAAGAACACUGCGCGCAAUUCAGGAAGAGAUGAAGUUUGAGACAAUGACACCAAUUCAACGUCGUGCUGUACCACCUCUACUGGCUGGUCGCGAUGUCCUCGGAGCUGCUAAGACAGGAAGUGGCAAAACCCUCGCAUUUCUGCUCCCAGCGAUCGAGAUGCUCCACUCUCUCCGAUUCAAACCCCGGAAUGGAACUGGCGUCAUUAUUGUAUCGCCAACACGGGAGCUUGCCCUCCAAAUCUUCCAGGUGGCGACCGAAUUGAUGAAACAUCACUCUCAGACCUACGGUAUCGUGAUUGGAGGAGCAAAUCGCCGCGCAGAGGCCGAUAAGCUAAGCAAAGGCGUAAAUCUUCUGGUGGCCACUCCCGGAAGACUUCUUGACCACCUUCAGAAUACUCAAGGUUUCGUCUACAAAAAUCUGCGAACCCUAGUUAUUGAUGAGGCCGAUCGCAUCUUGGAAGUCGGAUUCGAAGAUGAGAUGAGACAAAUAAUCAAAGUGUUACCCUCUGAGAACAGACAAACCGCGCUUUUCUCUGCCACGCAGACAACAAAGGUCGAGGAUUUGGCAAGAAUAUCACUUCGACCUGGUCCCCUAUAUAUAAACGUUGAUGAGGCAAAGGAACACUCGACAGUGGAAGGCCUAGAGCAAGGCUACGUGGUUUGCGAAGCCGACAAGAGAUUCCUCUUGUUAUUUUCUUUCUUGAAAAAGAAUGCAAAGAAGAAGAUUAUAGUGUUUUUGUCUAGUUGCAAUUCGGUAAAAUACUACGCCGAGCUACUCAACUAUAUCGAUCUCCCCUGUCUGGACCUGCAUGGAAAGCAAAAGCAGCAAAAGCGAACCUCGACAUUUUUCUCUUUUGUAAAUGCUAAAUCCGGCAUCUUGAUUUGCACGGAUGUGGCAGCGAGAGGCCUUGAUAUUCCUGCAGUAGACUUCAUUGUUCAAUUAGACCCUCCUGACGAUCCGCGUGAAUACAUUCAUAGAGUUGGUCGAACUGCUCGUGGGUCGGGGACAAAGGGUCGUUCUCUUCUCUUUCUUCAGCCGUCUGAGAUAGGCUUCCUUUCCCACCUCAAGGCUGCCCGCGUACCGGUAGUCGAAUACGACUUCCCUGCUAAAAAGAUUCUGAAUAUACAGAGCCAACUCGAAAAACUUAUAAAUAGCAACUACUACUUGAAUCAAAGUGCAAAAGAGGGUUACAGGGCUUACCUUCAUGCCUAUGCUUCGCAUUCUCUGCGAACAGUCUUUGACAUAAACAAGCUUGACCUCGCAAAGGUCGCUAAAUCAUUUGGCUUCUCCGUCCCCCCGCGGAUUGAUCUGACAUUAGGUGCUAGCAUGAGCAGGGACAAGAAAGCUCAAGGACGGAGAGCCUAUGGGAGCCAGCCUAAGCAGGGCCAAAAGUUCCAAAGGAGAUAAGGUGUUGUUUUAAGACUGUAUAACGCGAUUAAUGCAGAUUUCAUGUCAACAAGUGGGUUUGUGAUUGGCGGCUGGUGAUGGUUACAUGGUAUCAAGGACUGUAGAAGCGUAUCACGAAAGCUAGCUAGUAUAAUCAUUAGAUUUGAGACUCCCGCCUUUGAAUUAGGGCGCUAGGCUGAUUCAUAGUUCAAGACAUAAAAUGCCGUUCUGGAAUUCAAA